UUUAAGUCCAUUGAAGAAGAGAAGAUGAUCAUGCAUGUCCUCCGGUCGAGCCAACAAGAAGGAAAUUCACCAAAGUUACAGUACUGCUAAUAAUUUAAGGAAGAAAAAGAGAAAGGAUAAAGGCGGAUCAUCUUCUUGUUGCCAUGUGUUCUCAUCUUUACAGCUGGCAUUAAAAAGGUCGAAGCAAUAUAUGAGUGUUCAGUCUCUCCAACAACUUCUUGCUUCAAACUAAGAUUUGCUCUUCAAAGUUGAAGUAAUCAUGUCAGACCACCAAAAGCCCGAACACCCUCAAAACCUGCCUCCUUCUUCUGCUUCUACUUCUAAAUCGAUCCCAGAACUCGGCAACAACACGGCCGCUGAUUCAUCGGGCCGACCGAAGGUCCGCUAUCCCAACCCACCCGACCUAACAAACCCGGACCCGGCAACACUGAGAGAUCAAUGGAGGUAUGCCAUCAGGCAGUACAGUAGAUGGUACUCUCACGCCUGGGGCACUGCUAUUCUCGCUGGGGUUUCGUUUUUUGCCCUCGGUUGGAUCAUCAAGGGCUCUAAUCCUCUUCCCUCCUUCAAGUCUGAUUCCGACAAAAACGAUCAUCCAAAGUGAUCUUCGAUGUUACAUCAAUUUUCUGACAGUAGAUAAGCUUCUUGGUUCGACUGUUGAUCCAGAAUGAACUUUACUGUUGGGGAGGCCAUGACGACCAGGAAGAAAGGCUGCUGAAAUUGGUGUUAGACAGCUGAGCUUGGAAGAGAUUGUUGUGUAUAAUCCAAUCAUAGUUUUUGUUUCACUUUGCAAAGAGUGAUCGGAUCUUGAUGAAAAAUGAAGUCCUCAUAAUUUGGUGUUUCUUUUUAACCCACUUGUCUUGUUCACAGAAGCUCUAUCGGCUUAUUUGAGUAUGAUGUAAAGUUUCUUUCUUCAGGCAGUUUAUCUGUUAAAGCCUGCCAAUGUCCAACCUUGCAGUGAACUCUGUUGUGUGAUUGCGGUUGACUCCUUUUUCUUUUCAUUACUUUUUUAAGGAAGACAUUAAAGUUCAA